AUGGGCCUCUUGUGGAAGAGUGACAAUCCUGUGCUUCCUUACAACAGAACACUAGCUGAAGCGAGACUGCAACACUUAAAGAGACGCUUCCUUCGAGAUCCAGAACUUGAAGUCAAAUAUAAAGCUGUGAUUGAAGACUGUGUGACCAAGGGAUAUGCAAGAAAGCUCACAAAGGAGGAAGCAGCAACAGUCAGCAAAACCACAUGGUUCCUGCCUUACUACCCAGUAAGCAAUCCGAGCAAGUCAGGCAAGGUGAGAGUGAUGUUUGAUGUGGCUGCAAGAUUCAGCGGCACAUCCCUAAACGAACAGCUCCUACAAGGACCUAGUCUGACAAAUGACCUGUCUGGAGUGUUGAUUCAUUUUCGUGAAGAAGAAAUUGCCUUCUCAACAGAUAUCGAGGGCAUGUUCUACCAGACCAGAGUAACUCCAAAUGAUACAGAUUCUCUGAGGUUCUUGUGGUGGCCUAAAGGUAUUGACGUGCCUCCAGAAGAAUACAAAAUGUUGGUCCAUAUUUUUGGUGCUAAGUCUUCACCCUGCUGUGCCAACAAGGCGUUAAGCAUGACAGCACAAGACAAUGAAGAAAAUUACCCACCCAAAGUGAUCAGAACAGUUCGUAGAAAUUUCUAUGUGGACGAUGUGCUGAAGUCCGUCCCAAAUACUGAUCAAGCCAUACCCCUGGCCUCAGAUCUUAUGAAGUUGUUGAGAGAAGGAGGAUUCCGCCUAACAAAGUUUGCGAGCAAUAGUCGUGAAUUACUAGCCUCAAUUCCUCCCGCGUCGAAGGCGAAUCCCAAGUUGGACCUAGAUCUGGACCAGUUACCCCUAGAGCGAGCGUUGGGUGUCUACUGGGACGCACAGUCAGAUACUUUUAAGUUCAAGGCCUUACAAGCGUACAAGCCAUCCACCAAGCGAGGGGUACUUUCCGUCGUAAGCUCCCUAUUUGAUCCGUUGGCAUUUCUUUCACCCUUUGUGUUCACAGCCAAGAUUCUGUUACAAGAGCUGUGGAGGCAGAAGUUUUCUUGGGAUCAAGAAAUUCCAGAGCUGUAUUCGUCCCUCUGGCAGAAGUGGUUGCAAGGGCUGCCGUAUGUUACUACAAUCGAGAUACCAAGGUGUUACAAGACCCAGUGCCUUAGUGCACAAGCCACUGUGCAGUUGCACAACUUUUCCGAUGCGUCAAGGCAUGGUUAUGCAGCAGUGUCUUACCCACGGUUCGUUGAUGAGCAAGGAGUGAUCCACUGUUCCUUUGUUAUGGGCAGGACCAGGAAUGUGCCCAUUAAAGAGUGGACCAUACCUCGCCUAGAACUGCAGGCGACAGUGUUAGCGGUACGGCUAAGUAACUCAAUUCUGAAGGAGCUCGAUCUGCAAGUAGAUGGAACCUUUUUCUGGUCUGACUCGAUGACGUCCCUGCAAUAUAUCAAGAACCAAAUUAGGCGCUUCCAAACCUUUGUUGCGAAUCGCGUGGCCGAGACUCAUGAAUCAACCACCCCAGAACAGUGGCAUCUUGUUCCAGGUGGCAUGAACCCCGCUGAUGAGGGUUCACGAGGUGUCACCAUUCAGCAUUUCCAACCCGGAUGUCGGUGGUGGUAA